GCGACGCGUUUUUCAUCAGACGAAUUAUUUGGCCACAACAGACUGUUGAAUAUCGUGGUGCACUUGUCUGUACAAUUAUGGCAGGGUUUUGCUCUCUUCCUUGGUCAUAAUGUGCCACUGUUAUUCGAAGAGACUACAUAGAGCAGUGAAUGUUACUACCACGGAUCUUUCCCCUCCUAAUUGCACCUGGUCCGGGAUAAACGUGUGGAAGCGUCCUUUCAAAUGCAGCCCGCCUCACAGCUGCACGAGGCGACGCAUCAAGAUCGCGGCAGAGAGAGAAACAAAUGUGUGGCUAGCGGUGCAAUCAGAGACCAUUUUUGCCAGCGAGAACAGUUCAAAAACUAGACACGGGCCGCGGAGGUCCACUCAACUCAGACUCCAAUCUGUCGACAAGGUGGGGAAACAUGUGGUCGAGAGCUGCAGUCCUCCUGGCCCACUAGAAUAUUCAAGCCCCAAAGAGAACACUCUAACGCUCUCUCUGGAGUGCAAGUCAGCAGGGUACACAGGGCAUGUACAUGCUCCUCAAAAGACUAUUGUUAAAAUCACUGGACAGCUGAUUGUUGGCAGUCUUCUUUGUGAUUCUUCAGCUGGAGCAGCAGAUAAUAGGAACAGGCUGAAAAAUAAAGGUGCCACAAAACAGCCAGAGAUAUACAAUAAGAAGAACGCUGCUCUACUUCUGUUGAUGCGGUACUUGUUUAAUGUCCAGUACCGACGUAGAGUCAGGAAGUCUCAUACUGGGGGGCUCGGGAAAGAGAGGAAAGCCAAGAACCAGUCUAGGACCUCCACCCAUAGGGGAAGGAGACUGAAAGCAGAGGUGCUUGGCUACUUGUCCAGUCUGAGUGCAGAAUCCAAGGAGUUGAUCAGGGAGGUCAAUGGCGAUGACCUGCUGAGGCUGAAGAGGAGGAGUUCGAAGGGUUCGGUGAGGGAUGGGGUAGGGCUGCUGGAGGGAAGCAUGGUGCACGGCUGCUCCACUCCCGAGGCGUCACAGCCAGAGCAGGCGCCCGGCCACGGGCGCACCUCAGGCAGGAAGCGCACACCCAAGGGCUGUGACUGCUGUGGCCCCAACCACAAGCCCCAGCCAGCCAAAGUCCCGGCACCGGACAGGCCUGGGAGGAGGGGCCACAAGAAGAGGGCAUCGGAGACGGAGCGGGAAACGACAGACUGGGCGACGCCAACGGCCAGCGAUGGUGACGGCACCGUCCCCCUCAAUGGCGCCAGUGGCUCUGAGGGCGAGGCUGCGGAGCAAAGCACCGACAUGGAGGUGGAGCCGCCCGCACCCUGCCCAAGCUACUGCACCAACCCGCUGCUGGACCACCGCUACUGCAAGACUGAGGACGGGGACUCCUCCACAGGUGGAGAGAGCUCCGAGAGGGAGGAGGAGGGAGGGCCCAGAAAUCCGCUGCUGACCACAGACAUCACUGAUGAUGAUAUCACAGAGCUCAUUCAUGAGUUCCUGGAGCAUUUCUAUGAGAAGUAUGGGAGCUUUAUCCCGCUGAGUGAGAGCGAUGUACUUGAGCACCUUAACCAGAAGUUGAACACUGACCUCGCCAGCAGGAAGACAUUCGUCAAUUCAGAAGUGGGAAAGUACCGGGCUGGUCUGGCCUGCGCUCCUAUGCAUUAUUUCAAAGUGGCCUACAACAAGCACACACUGACUCUGGAGGACCUCUCCACACUGGAUGACCAAAACUGGGUUAACGACCAGGUGAUAAAUAUGUAUGGUGAAUUAAUUAUGGAGGCAGUAAACCAUAAGGUCCAUUUCUUCAACAGCUUCUUUCACAGACAACUAGUAGCCAAAGGGUAUGAGGGAGUGAAGAGGUGGACCAAAAAGGUUGAUCUGUUCACCAAAAGUCUGCUGCUGAUUCCCAUCCACCUGGAGAUCCACUGGUCUUUGAUAACUGUGGACAUCACCAACCAAACCAUCCACUUCUAUGACUCCCAAGGCAUCAUGUUCAAAUAUGCCGUCGAGAACAUCAUAAGAUACAUGCAGGCUGAGGCAAAAGAGAAGCAGAAUGUGGUGUACCAGAAAGGCUGGAAGAUGAUUGUAAACAAGUGUAUUCCACAACAGAAGAAUGACAGUGACUGUGGGGUUUUUGUUUUAGAGUACUGUAAGUGCCUGGCCUUAAAAGAACCGUUGCAGUUCUCACAGGAGGACAUGCCCAAAGUCCGGAAGAGAAUUUACAAGGAGCUCUGCGAGUGCAAACUCAAGCACUAAACCUGAUCUCUGUCUCCGCUUGGCAGAGUCACCCCCCGCUCCCCCCCCAACCAUGCACCCACUUCCCCAGCUUGCCUCUGAGCGUGAAUAGUGGUCGCAGUUCCUUUGUACUCUUCCCUCCUCCUGGAAGUUACAAAACAGAGGCCAAGAGCAGAGCGUUCCGGUGCAGACCGUCACUAAACAGGACCACGGUGAGCAACAUGAGCACUGCCCUGGAGGCCAGUGGCUGACGCUCGAUGUCACGCGGAUGCGUGUGGCGGGCGUGUGGCUGCAGGAGCCGAAAUGGAACGUUCUCCGCGAUGGUCACGAUGCCUAAUUACCUCACGUUCAGUUGUUGGUUCGUUUGCGAUUCUUUGUUAGCCGAUCCUUCUUUGGUCACGAGACUGUGCACUUUUUUAGAUGACAGAGACCAGAUGGCAGCUGUGCACCAGUAACAGACGCUGCUGAUGUUGAUACAGAAUAUACUCUGCUUUCUGACUGUUGGGACUAUGGUCACAGGUAGGCUUAUCAUGUGUUCUCGUCAGAGCUUAAAAAAUACUUGAAAGUCCGACUUUUUAUAUUAUUCAAGGUUGGCCUGUAGUGUAGUUCCAUCACAAAGAUGACAGUAGUAGGAGGCUUUUAACUGAAUGUACUUAAUGGCUGAGACAGGUUCAUUUCACCAGAGAAAGGGUAAAUUACCAAAACAUUUGCUCUUUAUAUUCAUAGGCAGCAGGUACAAGCUGCGACUGUGGACCACUAUUGUGACUGUUAACAGUGGGAUGCAAUCGAAAUGUGUUGUGAACACCUUUAUGUAACAUUUUUACAACAGUUGCAUAUGUGUAGGUUUGAUUUCUUGUUUGAAUACAUUAUUACUGUGUUAUCAUGUACAGUUAUUUGGUGAAAAAAGGCAGCUGUUGCCUUUGUAACUCCACAAAUCUACAGAUCCUAUUCUGUCCUGAUUAGAGCAUUCUAGAUACCUUCCUUGUGUUGUCAAAAUCUUCAGUGUUGGGUCCAAUGAAACACACAUACCUUUGCAUCUGAAUGACCAAUAAAGCAAAUGCACCUGACAUUUUUGAGGCGGAUUGUAUAAUGUACAUUCCCCUCAUAAAGUUUUUUCCGCAAAGGUUCACAUGAACCUGUGUUUUCAGUAAAUGCAUGGCUCAUGCACCACCAGUUUCAUCUUGUUCAACGCAAGAUGUAUUGAGAAUGAAAGUUUUAGAUUAUUUUGUUGCCAUUUAAGAAGGAAGGCAUUUGUUACAGUUGAUGGCCUUAUUUUCUGUUUUUAAUUUGUAAAUCAGUGUGUGAGAGAAUGAGAGGGGUAUGGAACAGUUGUAGAGUAAUAUUUCCUUCAACCCAGCAUAUUUUAAACCUGACCUGUGUUUGUAAGCCGCUUCAGCAGCCAAAUGUUCAGUGUGUGAAUGGUAGCAAAGCCGGUAUGAGGGACUUACCUGAAUAGUUAUCUGAGUUAUCUGAAUAGUUGUAAAGUUACUUGAAGUGUAACAAUAAAAAACUUCUCUCCUCUGACAAGUGUCCUGCCAAAUUGGUGAUCCAUUUUCUCUGUUCAGGUACUGCCAGGUGCCGCAUAACACCAAACCUGCACUCUGCUCAUCUCUCCUGCUUUGUUUUUGUGGCUUCGUCUGUCCUUAUGAGGGCAUUUCCUUUGUAAUACCGGACUCCUCAGAUGAGAUUUUGCGCAUUUAA